AUGUGGUCGCGUCUGAACACGGGGGUCAUCUUGAGGCGGGUCUCUGCUGCUAGCUCUGCUGGCUUUGGUGGCAAUGCCGACGAGGACAAGAGGGGGUGGCAGAUAAGGCCAAGCCAGUCAAGAGAUCGGAUCGUCCGCCUACGGGCAUCUGAAUAUCCUGCAACCAUCAAGAAGCCCGAGGAGGCCUGGCCCCAAUGGGCGGAGCUGUACCCAGACAAGGCCAAGUACAAGCAGGAGAUUGCGGCGAAGUACAGCGAGGCGGCGCUGCGCCAGAGCUGGCUGGCCGUGUGUGCCCGGCUGGAGGAGCUGACGGCCGAGAUGGCAGUCCAGCAGACGGCUGGCAUCCCGGAGCUGUCGUACGACGAGACCAUUUGCCCAAGCGAAGCGGUACAGGAGCGCAUGCGCAAGGCCGGCUGCAUUGUCAUGUGCGACACCGUUCCCAAGGAGACGGCCGAGGCCUAG